GAAAAGCGUCUAGAAAUACUGAUUAAAAUUGUCGCAUGAAAAAAGAAAUAUUGUGGAAAUCUAAUUAUUCCAAGAUGACAGACUCUAAAGACAUUGAAAAAAGGCUGCACAUUGCAGGACUGUAUGCUGGUGUAGAAGAAGGUGAACUGAAGGAAAGAUUCUCCAAGUUUGGAACUGUAUCAGACAUUGUGAUCAAAGUCAGGAAAGAUGUGGAUGGAACACCUUUGAAGACUUUUGCCUACAUCAGCCUGAAAACAACUGACAGUGCAUUGAAAAAAUGCUUUAAUACGUACAGCAAGACAAAAUGGAAAGGAUCAGAGCUUAAAUUGCAAGUUGCAAAAGAUAAUUUUAUUGAUAGACUGGAGCAGGAGAGAAGGCAGCAAGCAGAGACUGGAGUUGACAGCCUUGAGGAAAGAGUGGAGAAAAAGCCAGCAGUUCCUGCCCCAGGGCCAGAAAAGUUUCAGAUGAAGGGGGCACCACCAGGAACGGCAGUACCGGGCGAGAAGGACUGGAUAGUGGGAAAGUAUGGACGAGUUCUUCCUGUCGUUCACCUGAAAAAGUCUGGAUACAAAAAGAUCAUGAAAGUGGAUCCAUCUAAGCUGACACACAACUUGAAGAAGUUGACAGAUGACUGUGACAUGGGAGGCUUGAAAGUUUCGAGCCUCACCUGGGAGAUGGAAGACAGUGCAUCUGAAAUAACGAGGAAACGCAAAGGAGAAUUCCCCGAGGUUCAUGGGGAAAAGAAGAAAAAAGACGUAAAUCAAAGUGACCUUCAGAAACGCAUAGAGGAGGUGCUUUCUCAUGAUAAACAGGUAGCAAAAGAAAGAAAAGAGAUGGAAGAUGAUUUGGAAAUUGUUCCUGUUGCUAAUAGUAUUAGCAAAGCACCUGUUAAAUCAAGUGAAACAGAUCAAGGAAGUAGUAAGGAUAAUUUAGCAAAGUUUGACUCAGAUUCUGAAUCUGAAAUGGAAGCAGAAAGUUUUGAAAACACUAAGCAGAAAAUUUCUUUAGAAAACCCCAGAGACCACAGUAAGAGAAAGGUCAUAUUGGAAGUAGAUGGGAAACAAAGUGAUGGAAAAAAUUCAACCUUAUGUAAAAGCCAGUCAGGUAUGUCAAAUGACUCAGCGAUAAAAAAUGCUGAAAAGAUUGUUGAGGGAAAGAGAAAACUGAAAGCAUUUGGUGGUCUUAAAACUUUGAAAUCGAUUUCGACACCUCAAACUGGAACACAGAUAAAGGCAGUGGCAGGAAAUGUUUCCCACGACUUACCAGAUGACGAUGAUAAUGAGAGCGUUUCAUCAGCCGAUACUACAGAUUUGAUUUUAAAAAAGAAAGCAAAGAUGAAUGUUACAAAUAACACAGCACAAAAGAAGAAUGAAGUGAACUCUUGGCUUCUUGGGAAACAAGAUGUAAAUGAAUUUUCAUCAGGAAUUAAUUUUUCUGAUAAGGAUAUCAAUUUUGAAAGAACCAGAGGUUUUAAUGCUAAAUAUAGGGAAAAUGAUGAUGAAGAUGAUGAUGAUGAUUUUGAAGUUUUUGCAAAAAGAGAACUCGAGCGAAUUAAAAGAAUGGAAAAAGGAGACAAAGUUAAAAAUAUCACAAGUGUAAUAAGUAGAUUGCCGAGUGAAGACAUGAAAAAUAAAAACACUUUUUCCAGUGUAAGCAAAACUUUUACAGCAGCAUCUAAACUAAGUUCAAAAAACAAUGUGAACAAAAAUUUGAAUGUAAGUGACGAUGCUAAUGAGGAAAUCAAUGACAGAGAUGAAACUGAUGAUGACACUGAUGAUGACACUGAUGAUGAAGAUGACGAUCAUAAUGAUAUUGACAACAGCAGUAAUGAUGAUGGCAGUAAUGGUGUCGAUGACGACUGCAGUGAUAAAGAUGCUGAGAGUGAUGAUGAUGAUGAUGAUGAUGAUGAUGAUGAUGAUGAUGAUGAUGAUGAUGAUGAUGAUGAUGACAUUAUGAUAAAGACCAUAAACAAAGACAAUAAAACAAGAAUGAUUUCAGCAGAAAACCAGUCAAGUGAUACAGAAUCCAGCAGUUCAGGGGAUGAUUCAGACAGUGACUUUGCAACUGCCAUAGCGGAGGAAAUGCAGAAGGUUGACAGUGUCAGCAAAAAUGAUGGUCUUAAUAGUAAAAAUACCACUAGUGUAGUUAAAUGCACAGCCACCAAGGUCCAAUUUGAGAGUGAAAGUAGUGAAUCUAAUGAAGAUGAUGCUUGCAAAACUUUACACUCUGAAAAGAAUGCAACUAAACAACCAGCAGGGACAACACCUCAAAAACGUAAUGAUCUACCAAGUAAAAGUAUUGGAGAUUCAGUUAAAAAGAUAUUGGUUGAUGAUGGAAGUAGUGAAAGUAGCAUUUCAAGUAGUGACUCUAGUAUUGGUGAAGAGAAUGUCAAUGCUAGCUUAGAUAAAGUCCAUAGAAAAACAGUACCAAAAGCUGUUGCUCAUACUAAGACAAUUGAUCCUGAGAGUGAUGAAGAGAGUGACUCAAGCAGCAGUGACGAAGACAUUGUAGUCAGUAAUGCAACAAAUACAAAGAAACUACAACUUGAAGAAAAAUGUCAACCAAGCACUGAUAAUGUUAACGGGGCUAAUGAGGAGAAAAAGAAAGACGAAAUUCAUGCAAUUGAUAAAACCGACAAAAGUGUUGCAGGAGAUGGGGAAAGAAAGCGUCUUGAAGCUCUAAAGCAGAGGAAACUUGAAACACAGGACCAGAAAACCACCAUACAGAGGGCGCUGGCAUCGAUAGAUAGCGGUAAAAUGCCAAACAAGAAGAUUGUGUUUGACUCCGAUGACUCGAGUGAAGAUGAGCAAGAGGAGAUGGACCAGGAGGAGGUAGAUGAUGGCCUGCAUCACCAGGGCAAAGAAAUGGUGAAGCCUACCAGGAGCAGUCAACUGUUUGAGGGGUCUGAUGAAGAGGGCAGUGAUAGUGACCUUGAAGAGGAUAGGGCCAGAUUCAACAUCAAACAACAAUUUGAGGGGGCCACAGGCAAGAAGCUGGCAACACUGCAGUCCCGAUAUGCCAAUGAUGAGAGGUUCAGACUGGAUGCCAGGUUUGCUGAAUCAGGAUCAGAAGAUGAUGGAGAUGAAGCAGUAAGUGGUGACAUUGCUGACGAGAAGAAGCGCUCCAUCCAUAUCCUGCAAUCUGUGGUUGGGGCCUCCACGGUCAAGGCCAUGGCCAAAAUGGACAAAGCCAGGGUCAAGUUUAAGGAUGUUGGCUCAUUGAAGUACGACCCUUCCAAAGAGGACCAUCGCCAGUUUGAAGUGCAAACAGAUCCCAAGAAGAAGCCUGAGAAGGGGAAAAAGAAAAAGGUAGAGGUUGACGUUCCAGAUGAAGAGCAAUCUGAGCCAUCAGACAUCAUUAUGCCUGAAGUGAGCAAGGAGAAGUUUUACGAAGUGUCGGACACACUACGGAAUACCUUCACAUCUCGUACACCGGGGCAGGGUGGGGAGGGAUUUUCUCUCCUGGCAGCCUUCGGACAACAGCAUUCAGAUGAUGAUGAGGACAGACAGGGACAUGAUUUUCAUGCUGAUGGAGAGGCAGUGGUGAUUCCUGAUGUGUUGAGGAGCGACCAGCUGUCCUUGGACAGUAGGUUUAAGGUUGUAGAGGAGGAGGUCAAGGUCACACCAGAGGUCGGAGAAGGGAGCUCUAGUGAGGAGUCAGGAGGAGAGGAUGGGGAGUCAUCUAGUGAUGAGGCACCAGACAACGAGACAGCCAUGGAUGUUAAUGAGUCUAUCGGCAAGCCUGCCAGCAAGCCAUCUACAUUCUUCUUCAUACCUAACGACCCCCGCUUGAUUGAUGGUUCCCGGUUCACCCAAAAGGAUGAUCUGGAUGUCAUGAGGGAGAAAUGGCUGAAGAAACGAGCCCAACUUGUCGAGAGCUACAAGACCAAGCACAAGAACUUCAGAAGGAAACACCAGGACACUGGAAGCCAGUCUAUUCGGGGAAGGCACAAAGGCAGGCGUGGGAGAAAAUAGACUGGCUACCGACUAUGGUGCUGCAGUGUUCUUUGUACAAUGCAUUUUGUUGUUGAUUUUUUUUUCUGAUAUUGUUUGCAAAAUGAAUUGCACAUUUUUAAAAUGGUGAAUGAAAUUCUGUCAUAUUAUAAGUCUU